AUGAUCAUCUGCUUCCACGACGUGGACAUGCUCCCGUCGCCGUCGCUCGCGCCGCAGUACCUCCGCGCGAUGCCGCGCGAUGAGGAGGAGGAGGGAAGCGACGGCAUCGACCGCGACAAGGGCGGCGCGGUGCGCGUCUUAAGCGCGGGCGGAUGUCGCUACGACGCGGACGGGUGCUUCGGCGGCGUCACCCUCUACGAUCGACGCGCGCUCGACAACACGAACGGGUACCCGAACGGGUUCUGGGGGUGGGGUGGCGAGGACAACGCGCAGUUCGCGCGAUGCGCGCGCGCCGGCGUGCUCCUCGAGCGCGUCCGCGGGUGCGACUUCGAGGACACGGAGGGCGCGGAGGCGCGUUCUGUCUCACGCCGGUUCCCGUACGACCCCGUCGGCGCGGUGAAGGCCGUUCCUUAA